AUGUUUAAGUUGAUUUUUUUAAAUUUUUUAGGUGGUUGUAUCAGGAAAAUGGGCCGGGUUUACAUACGGUAUGAAAUAAAAAACCAAGUACUUACUAUGGCGUCGACGCACGUCAAUCCUUUUCCAGUAGAACCACUUAUUAAAGAAAUAAAGACGUUUGCACGGAAUUCAAAUUUUGAUGAUAAUUUUGCGCGAUUAUUAUUAUAUACUAAUUAUGUAUGGAGAAAUGCUAAAGAAUCUG